CGCGGAAGAAGCAAGCAGGGAAGGUUUCAGCAGAUGGGACAGAGGCAUAUGGGUUAGAGACAGAUGAUGGAUGAUCAGUUUCAGACUUGGAAGAGGAAAGAAGGUGGGCCUUACGAUUGGGGGUUGUAUAAACAAGCCAUUCCUUUUUUCUUUACCAAUUUCCCAGAGGACUGGAGCUACUCGGAGAUGUGGCGAACCUUCAAGAAAUUUGGCCGGGUGUAUGCCAUCUAUAGUCCAAACAAGAAAAGCAAAAAUGGAAGCAGAUUUGGUUUUGUGAGAUUCUUAGAUGUCAAAGACAAAAAAGAGCUGGAAAAACAGUUGGAUCAGAUAUGGAUAGGGGGUCGAAAAUUAUGGGUCAAUUCCCCAAGAUAUGAAGAAGGGAAGAUUGAAGUCACAGAGAGUAGGAUUCAUCAAAUUGCAGAACCAAUAAGCCAAAACAGAAGCUAUGCUGAGGUACUGAAGGGUCAAACAGAGAAGAAUUUGAUAGAUCAAAAGAGAAUACAGCCUAGAGACCAUGAGGAAAAGAGACAGGAGAGGAGCACAACCAGAAACAGAGUUAGCCGUCGGAAUACGGAAUACAGAAGAGUUUGGCAAGAAAAAGGUAGGGGAGAGAAUUGGGUGGGCAUUGAAUACAACACCAAACCGGAAGAUAAGGCAUGGCUUGAGGGAUGCUUCGUUGGUUUGGUACACUCCGUGGAGAUGGUUCGUAACUUGCAAGAGAAAUUCUAUAUGGAAGGUUAUUUUUCAUGCCACAUUCGAGCCAUGGGGGGCAAAUUGGUGUUGUUAGAUUGUGAGGAUAAGGAGGAGUUGAAGGACUUGGUGGAAUUGGCUUCAGAGUGGCUUGGGCAGUGGUUUGAAGAAGUACGGCCAUGGACAUCCGAACUGGUUGCUAACGAAAGAUUCGUAUGGAUCAGGUGUCAAGGAGUACCUUUGAAUGCUUGGGGUACAGAUUUCUUUGAAAAAAUGGGAAGAUCAUGGGGAAAGUUCAUCUGUUUGGAUGACAGUACUAGCAAAAGAAGGAGGUUUGAUGUUGCAAGAUUCUUGAUAUCCACCCAGAUUAUGGAUACAAUUAAAGUCUCGCGGCAAGUUAAAAUUGAUGGGAGCCUCUACAAUCUCAGAUUUUCAGAAGAGGAAUUCACUAAUUGCUUUUUCUCCUUAAAACAAGAUUUCUUACCUUCCUUCCAAAGUGAUGAGGAGGAAUAUGAAUCAUGGUCAGCUGACAGUGAAAUGGAGGAGCAUGAAUGUGAUAAUGCAGGGGAUGAAGCUCAGGAUGAUGACAGAAGGAUCCACGAUGAAGAUGAUGACGUGUCGAAGGGAGAAAAAACCCAGAAGCAACCUGCAGUAGAGGGGGAGAAGAGUACGAAAUCUACAGCUGGCAGAUCACUCCAAUUUCAAAUUCAAAAUUCAAAUAAGUGCAAAAGCAGAGCAACGGAAAAAUGGCUUGAGCAAUUGGAGGGUGAAUCCGAACCGGUAAUGAAAGCCGGUGAAGUAGAUGGGAAUCAGCUGGGCUUUGAAAAUAGUUUCAUUGAGAAGUCAUUAAAGCCCAACACACAAGUAAGUCUAGAUGUACAAGAAUCCACAAAUGUGGGCUUGGCCCAAAACAGAAGAAAAGAAAAAAGAGCUGGACCAACAAUCAAAUUACAAUGUGCUGAAAAUGUGGAGACAUCAGAGGAUAAUAACGAGGAAGAUGGAGUAGAGGGGGAAGAUGUGUUCUGGAGAGGGUAUGAAAAAGACAAGGGCCGGCUGGAAGAGUGGAUUAGCAAGCAGAUCGGGGAUACAGUGAAGAAUAAGAGAAGGAGGGCAAGAUCCUGCAGCUCAGUCUAUCGAUGUACAGAGGAGGAUGGUACGGGAACACAAAGAAAGAAAGAUAAAAGAAAACAGAAUCAGCAGGGGACAACGGACAAACAAGCUCUGAAAUUUUUGCAGAAUCCGAAUGGGAAAGUAACUGGUGGCUCAGUGAAUGACAGCGGAAUAAUGAAUCGCAACAGAUCCAUUAAGAAACAGAUGCAGAGUCAGCUUGCAAAGGAGAUAUGGGAUCUCGCAAAACAACUCGGAGCAACUGCAGAAAAUGAUGUUGAAGUUAUCCAAAAAAUAGAGGAAAUGGAGAAGAGAGACGAUCGUACAAAGGAGGACAUGGCUAACCAGAGUAUUCGGGAGAAUAAGAAGGAGACCAAAUUAGAGACAAUUACCAGGAAUGUUUGUAGAAUAUUGUGGGGUACUGAUGAUGUAGAUUGGGUAGCAAAAUCAUCUAUAGGCAGGUCGGGAGGUUUGUUAUGUAUGUGGGACUAUAAGGUGUUUAAGAAAAAAGAGGUAAUCGAGGGGAAUAAUUUUAUUGGGGUGGCUGGACUAUGGGGUGAUGAGGAGAUACCUGUGAACAUUUUAAACAUUUACUCUCCGUGUCAUUUGUUGGGCAAGAGAGCUUUAUGGGAGGAAUUGCAGAGCUUGAUUAGUAAGAAAAAAGGGAAUUGGUGCCUAAUGGGAGAUUUCAAUGCUGUGAGGGGAAUAGAGGAACGAGCAGGAGCAAGUGGGAUAAACAGAGAAAUGCAGGAGUUUGAUAAUUUUAUUAAGAACAAUGCUUUGGUUGAUUUGCCUUUGCUGGGUAGGAGAUAUACUUGGUAUAAUGCUAAUGGCCAGAGUAUGAGUAGAAUUGAUAGAUUCUUGUUAUCGGAAGAUUGGGUUUCCAAAUGGAGUGACGUAAAACAAUGGGGUUUGAGAAGAUCAGUGUCAAAUCAUUGCCCCAUUUUACUCAAGAAUGAGCAGAUUGAUUGGGGCCCAACACCUUUCAAAUUUUUUGAUGCAUGGUUUGAGAGACCAGGAUGCAAGGAAUUAAUCAAAAAUGUGUGGAAAUUCAAUGAGGUUGAGGGGCGGAGUGGCUUCAUUCUCAAAGAGAAAUUGAAAAGAACAAAGAAAGCAUUAAAAGAGUGGAGCAAAAAUUUAACUGAACAGGUGGAUGUUAAAUUAAAAGAAGCUGAAUCAGUGAUAGCUGAAAUAGAUGAAAAGGGAGAGAAUGAUCAAUUGACUGCAGAAGACAUUGAAAAUAGAAGGAACAGUUUCCUGGACCUAUGGAAUAAUUUAAGAAUUAAAGAGAGGAUGUGGCAACAGAAGUCAAGAAAGAUGUGGUUCAAUGAAGGUGAUGCUAAUACAAAAUUCUUUCAUAGAUGUGUCAAAGGAAGAUGGAGAAGAAAUGAAAUUAAUUGUAUUCGGAUCAAUGGGGAACAAUACAUGGGUGUGAAGGAAAUAAAGGAAGAAGUGGCCAAGUAUUUCAAAGACUUAUUUUCAGAAGAGGUAUGGCAGAGACCAACGCUUGAUGGGAUCAAUUUCAAACAAAUAACACAAGCAGAUAAUGAGUUUAUGGUGGCUGGCUUUUCUGAAAAGGAAAUCAAGGAAGCAAUUUGGGACUGUUGCUCCUCCAAAUCACCGGGUCCAGAUGGAUUCAAUUUUGGAUUUGUGAAGACGAUGUGGGAAGAUAUUAAGGCUGAUCUAAUGGGGGUGGGAGUUGAAGAAAGCUGGACAACAAAGAUGGCUUAUAGGCUAUGUUGUUCACAAGGAGUUUUCCCAUUUAAAUAUCUGGGAAUUCCAAUUGGAGGGAAUCAUAGAAGAACAGCAAUGUGGCAUCCAAUGGUUCAAUCCUUCAAAAAGAAGCUUGCUAGCUGGAAGGGUAGACAUUUGUCUUUCGGAGGUCGCAUCACGCUAAUCAAUUCAGUGUUGUCUAGUCUUCCCGUGUUCUUGAUGUCCGUCUACUUAAUCCCGAAAGGCAUUCUUCUUUCAAUUGAUAAAAUUCGCAAAAGUUUUUUAUGGGGUGGGGGGGGAGAUGAGAGAAAGAUUAAUUGGGUUAAAUGGGAGAAGAUAUGUAAAAAAAAAGAGGAAGGAGGGCUGGGAGUGAAGGACUUGAGGAAGUUUAAUUUGGCUUUGAUGGGAAAAUGGUGGGGUCGGUUGGCAGAAAACAAAGAGGGUUUAUGGAAGAAUGUAGUUAAGGAAAGAUAUGGUGAGGGAGAAAACCAUUGGCUAGAUUGGGUUAAAGGGAAUAGAGGAGUUGGCUCAAUUUGGUGGAGGGAUGUGUGCCGUCUUGAUUAUUUGGAGGGGGAGAGAGGAGGGUGGUUGACAGAGGGUUUUAGAGUAAGGAUGGGGGAAGGAAAAAGGCUUAGCUUCUGGUGGGAUCAUUGGUGUGGGGAAGGGUGUCUUGCUAAUAGGUUUCCAAGAUUAUAUUUGUUAUCAACAGGUAAAGAGAACAAGUGCUACCAGAUGGGCAAUGCUAGCAAUGGCUCAUGGAAAUGGAACUUAAAAUGGAGAAGGAAUUUGUAUGAGUGGGAAGCUGCUGAAGCUAUGGAACUUCAAAAGAUGAUAGAAGAUGAGAAGAUAUCAGAAGGUGACCCCGACAAAUGGGAGUGGACUCACGACAAGAGAGGCCAAUAUUCAACCAAAACUGCUUAUUCUCUUCUAUCAUUGGAGCAAGGGGAAGUGAAUGAAGCAAAGACUUUCAAAAGAAUAUGGAACCCCAGUCUCCCUAGCAAAAUUUCAGCUUUCAAUUGGCAAUUACUACUGGAUAGAAUACCAACCAAGGCUAAUUUGCUAAGAAGAGGGGUCAUUAAAGAUGCGACAGAAGCUAAGUGUGCCCUUUGUAAUGAAGAAGAAGAGGAUUCUACUCACUUGUUCUUGAACUGCAAAAUUGCAAGAUGGGUGUGGAUGGCUUGCUCAAAAUGGUGGGGGACCAACAUCACAGUGAACAGGGAUUGCUGGAAUACUUUCCAACUCAUUGGGAAGGGCACUAAAGGAUCAAACAUCAGAGAAGGCAUGGAUUGUAUGUGGAAAACUGUUGUGUGGUCCGUAUGGAUUGCUAGAAAUCAGAAGAUCUUCCACAACAAAGAGGACAAAGAGAUAAAUCCAGGGAAACUUUUCGAACUCAUUCAAAUGAGAUCCUUUCUAUGGAUUAAAGCAAAAAAGGACAGGUAUGCCUUCAAUUUGACGGAUUGGCUAAUUAAUCCUGGUCAGUGUUUGAAAAGUACAGUGGGUUCAUGAAGGAUGCAUUGAGCAGAAGAAGAAAUUGGAAAAGAGGCU